AUGGUAGUGUCAAGCCAAAACCAAGAACAUGUUGAACUAAAAUGGUGGGAAAAGGCUCUUUUUGUCCAAUAUCUUGUUUUGAAAACUACGGCAUCAUUUAAAAAGACGGAAAUAAUCGAAUUAUCACCAAAAGUUGAGCUACAGUUUGACAUCAACGGAUAUCUCACUAUUGAGUUUACGAAGGCAGCUUUUCAUUUUUCGUUUCUUGUAGAUAUACUCAAUAUUCCUGCUAAUGCCACAUGGGUAAAGGACGGAGUGACUGGUGCGGGAGGCAAUGGGAAAGGUAAUGCCAUCAAUCAACUCUCGAAUCCUUACGGACUCUUCGUUGAUGAUGAUCAAGCAGUGAUCAUUGUUGAUUGGGGGAAUCAUCGUGUUAUUCAAUGGAAGAAAAAUGAUACGAAUGGACAUGUUAUUGCUGGUGGCAAAGGCGUCGGAAAUGGAUUGCAUCAAUUGCAUUCGCCAACUGAUGUGUUGAUCGACAAAGAGACGGAUAGUCUCAUCAUUUGUGAUUCAAACAAUAAACGAGUCGUACGAUGGUCUCGUCGCAAUGGCACAACUCAAGGAGAAAUUGUGAUCAACAAUAUCAGUUGUUGGGGAUUGGCCAUGAAUAAUCACACGUAUCUCUACGUCGCUGACAAUAAUAAACAUGAAGUAAGAAAAUAUCAAUUAGGAGAUACGAACGGCACUCUUGUGACUGGUGGCAAUGACCGAGGUAAUGGGACCAAUCAACUCUAUAAACCGACUUAUAUCUAUGUCGACCAACAACAGAAUGUCUACGUAUCAGACAGAGAUAAUCAUCGUGUAAUGAAAUGGGUCAAAGGUGCAAAGGAAGGCAUCGUCGUCGCCGGAGGUCAAGGCUCAGGGAAUGCUCUGACACAAUUAUCGCUUCCUCUCGGACUCUUUGCUGAUAUAGUGGGCACUAUUUAUGUAGCAGACUCGUCGAAUCAUCGUGUUAUGUGUUGGACUCAAGGAGCGAAACAGGGCUCUGUAAUUGUGGGUGGAAAUAGUUCAGGAGCAGCAGCGAAUCAGUUUAACGGUUCCGGAGCUGUGAACUUCGAUCAACAUGGUAACCUCUAUGUCGUCGAUUUUUCAAAUUUUCGGGUGCAGCGAUUUCCUCUCGAAUAG